AUGGUGGUUGUCUCCUGUCUAGACGAUAUCCUUGAGCUACUACCAAACAGAAUUAUGCUAAGGUUCUUCUUUGUGCUGAGAAAGAAGUUUGACCAUGUAUCAACAUUACACGUGAUCCACCACGGCGUGAUGCCGAUGUCAGUGUGGUUCGGCGUCAAGUUCACGCCGGGCGGUCAUUCCACCUUCUUCGGCUUGCUCAACACCUUCGUACACAUUAUUAUGUACACCUACUACAUGCUGGCUGCCAUGGGACCCCACAUGAGGAGAUACCUGUGGUGGAAGAAGUACCUCACUACUUUACAAAUGGUUCAAUUCGUCGGCAUUAUGGUGCACGCAUUCCAGCUGUUGUUCAUUGAAUGCGACUACCCUCGCGCGUUCGUCUGGUGGAUCGGCAUGCACGCCGUCAUGUUCUUCUUCCUUUUCAAAGACUUCUACAACCAGUCCUACUCCAAACCUAAGGUUCGCGCCCGAUCACCUCAACCAGAGACGACAGAAAUAAAAGACAUAACGUACAAGAACGGUUCGCUGAAGAACGGCUUCACCAACGGGCACACGAACGGCACGUUCGCGCGGUCCCGUACCGUGCUGCCGGCCGGCAACUGACGGCGGACAAGGCGCCCACCUUAGCAUUCCGUAGUACUCUGUGAUUCAUAGCCUGAAAUUAUUACGGGACGUUAAUAUUUCUUAUUUAAUGCGUGGACCUUCGGGGUAAAGGUGUCGGAUGUAUAGAGGGAUGCGCGAGCUUCGGUCCGGCCUCUCGCCAUGUCGCCUCGUCAAUAAUAACCCUAGAAGUAGUGGUACAUGUGAUUUGUCUAGUGUACAUACAGUUAGGCGGUAUCAAUGGUGUAAAUUUUAUUUUAUUGAUGUAAAUGUAUAGCUAGAUUUGUGAUCGCAUAGCGUUUUAUACUUUUAUUAUUAGAGUUAGAGUUUAGAGACCUCUAAAAGAAUACAGUCAUAAUACUUACAGACACAUGUAGUUUAUACAUGGUGCUUAAAUGAGAUAUAUUAUUUAUGAUUAUGAGCUUGUAAACAUUAAAACUAACAUUUUCACUAGAUGAUAUGAUGAUAAACAAUGUUAUUAUAGUUUAUACUUAAUUGUUUACCUCGCAUCAACGGUAACGCUCUGCGAAAGUCGCUCUUAUUGUUUUAAGAAUAAAAGAUGCCAGUGUACAUUACCUUUGAUGUGUGGUUGAUUAGAAAACAUGACCAUAUUAUAUGAAAUGUUGUUAUAAAAAAAAUAGUUAAUUAUACAUAUUAUGUUAGUUUCAUCUUAAAUCUAUACCUAAUUUGGAUACUUCAGAAAUAUACACUAAUAAUAGUGUGAAACGUAAUAAUGUAUAGUAUAAUAGAAGCCCACAAAUUUUAUAGAAUACUUAAAUAAAUGCUUAAAGUUAAUGGCAGCGAAAAUGUUCAAUGGAAUAGUGUUAAAUAGGAAAUAAUAGCUUUGAUUGUAGUGCUAAAAUGUUAAUAAGAAUCAGUGUUUAGUUUUAAGUAUUGAUCAGUAUUUUUACAAGCUCAUGAUUAUCAAGGCUUAUUCAUGAUUAGAUCAAAAUGGGUUUAUACCUUUUGGCGGAAGCCACCAAAUCAAAUAUACAAGAUGAUUUAUCAACGCCGUUUGCCUUUUUUGUGUAUUUAUAACACAGGUGUUAAUAUUUCGAUGACAACUUUUUAUUGUUGUUUAUUUUGACGUGAUUAUUAUUUUUUUUUUCUAUUUUAAGUACAACAAACUGUAUUUUAAUUUCGACCGAAUGUUCAAUUUAGGUUUAGAUUACUAUGACACUAAAGUGGUUGUGUUGGUUAUUUAUUUUGUUUAAUUUAUCUUUUAUUUAUACCAAAAUUAUGUAUAUUAGAUCAAAUCGAUAACGGGUUUAUAGCAGUAGCUUUCAAACUUCCUUUUAGUCUUCCGUUUUGUUUUGUACUUACCAAAAUUAAAGGUGCUUUUUGUACUCCGAAUAUUCUGCUUUUGUUAGCAGCCAAGCAGCUGAAGCUCACCAUUUUGUAAAUAUAAAUUUUGUUUCAUUAAUCAUAUAGAAAUCAAUUUAUGUACCUAUUGUAAUUUUUAUACAAAAAUAUGCAAUUAAACUAUAAGUGUACUAUUA